AUGGCGACACGACCAGACGGCGUCUCAGAUUCAUGGCUGAUUACGGAGACACGACUCAAGAAACUCAUAGGCGAGCGACCAGACGGUGUCUCAGAUUCAUGGCUGAUUACGGCGACACAACUCAAGAAACUCAUAGACGAGCGGUUGCGUCCCUGGGCUUGGGCUAAUGGAGGCUGGCGGAGGCCGGUGGUCGCGCGACCUGGACCGCCGGUGGUGGCGGCGGGACUGGCGUGUGUUCAGCGGUUGCCUGCGGUGGUAGGCGAGCGGUGGCGGUGUGACAGGCGGUCGGCGGAUGUGGAGAACAUGUCGGUCUCGGUUCAGGCAACGGCGGCGACUGGAGAUGGCGGCUUCGAUUGA